UAAUACAUUACGAUGGUCAAAGUGAAGUGAAAGUGAAGUAAAGUGAAGCAUUGGGAACCACAUGUGGUGAACACAAGAUUGUAUUUCUUCAAAUUUGUUCAAAAUGUCUUUACCGGAGAAGGUAUUGAUGAGGAAGAUCAAGAAAAGGGAAAAAAGGAAGCAAGAAUUAUCUGAACAAGAGCCGGAAAAGAAAAAAAGCAAACCAGCAACCCCAGAAAAUGGUCAUGUUGACACGGAAGCAUUGCCUGGAUCUAGCUGUGCUCUUCAAGUAUCAAGUGACAAUUCGUUCUCAUCUUUGGAAGGACAUGUCUGUGAACAAACACUGAAAGGUAUUGCCGACAUGGGUUUUACCAAUAUGACAGAAAUUCAGGCUCGUUCCAUCCCUGGUCUCCUAGAAGGAAGAGACCUUGUUGGUGCAGCUCGUACGGGCUCAGGGAAGACUUUGGCUUUCCUCAUUCCAGCUGUAGAACUCAUAUUCAAACUUAAAUUUAUGCCCAGAAAUGGAACUGGCUGCAUCAUCAUUUCGCCUACAAGGGAGUUGUCAAUGCAAACUUUUGGAGUAUUGAAAGAGUUAAUGAAGUAUCAUAAUCAUACAUAUGGUUUAAUCAUGGGAGGGGCAAACAGACAAACAGAAGCUCAGAAAUUGUCUAAAGGUGUCAAUAUAAUUGUUGCUACCCCGGGUCGUCUUUUGGAUCACCUUCAAAAUACUCCAGAUUUUUUGUACAAAAAUCUGCAAUGUUUAGUGAUAGACGAAGCAGAUCGUAUUUUGGAUAUUGGGUUUGAAGAGGAACUUAAAAAAAUCGUUUCACUUUUGCCCCAGAGGAGACAAACCAUGAUGUUCAGCGCCACAUCAACUGAAAAAACUGAGGCAUUGAAAAAGUUAGCAUUGAAGAAGGAGCCUGUGUAUGUAGGUGUAGAUGAUUCUAAAGAAAGUGCUACUGUGGAUGGGUUAGAGCAAGGCUAUGUAGUUUGUCCGUCAGAAAAUCGAUUCCUUCUCCUCUUCACAUUCCUUAAGAAAAACAGAAAAAAGAAAGUUAUGGUUUUCUUUAGCUCCUGUAUGUCUGUUAAAUUCCACCAAGAGCUACUGAAUUACAUUGACCUUCCUGUCCUUGCUAUUCAUGGAAAACAAAAGCAAGCAAAGCGAACAACGACAUUUUUCCAGUUUUGCAAUGCAGAGUCUGGCAUAUUACUUUGUACUGAUGUUGCUGCACGAGGUUUGGACAUCCCAGCAGUUGACUGGAUUGUUCAGUUUGACCCUCCAGAUGAUCCCAAGGAAUACAUCCACCGAGUUGGUCGAACAGCUAGAGGAGAAGGCAGCUCUGGCCAUGCUCUUCUUAUUCUGAGGCCGGAGGAACUGGGUUUCCUUCGAUAUCUCAAGCAGGCUAAGGUCCCAUUAAAUGAGUUUGAGUUUUCAUGGAGCAAGGUGGCAGAUAUUCAGUUACAACUUGAGAAAUUGAUGACAAAGAACUAUUUUCUUCACUUAUCUGCAAAAGAAGCCUACAAAUCAUAUGUUCGGGCCUAUGACUCUCAUCAGCUUAAAAAUAUUUUUGACGUUGAAACACUAGACUUAGCCGCAGUAGCCAAAUCAUUUGGAUUUACUGUACCACCUGCAGUUGACCUGAAAGUGAAUAGCCAAAACAGUAACAGACCUAGAAAACGCCUUGGUGGGGGUGGUUAUGGCUAUUUUAAGGAGAUGAACCAAGAUUCAAAGUCAAAAUCAUUUUACAAGCCUGUUAACAGGCAACAAAAGGGACAAAAAAAGUGGUGACAGUUUCAAGCAGGUUACAGGGCUCUAAUGGGAAGCAUAAUUACCUCACUGUUUGUACAAAAUUUUAUUGUAAUGAUUUAUGAUCUAUACAAAAAAUAAAUAGAAUAUUUAUUAAUA